ACUUGUCUGUAAAUUCACUCCCGAACGACCCGUCAUCCGCAUCGCGAUAGACAUGGACGGUUCUGAAAUGAACUCUCAGUUGCACAGGUCUUUCGACAGACUUCCAGCAGGAAAAUACAUUUUGUGUGUCGACGAAGUGACAGACUUCAUGUCUGAAAAUACUGAAGAUACAAAACACACCCAGAAGUGGUUGUGCAGAGCAGAUGGGAUUGCCUGGAAGAGUCAAAAUUAUAAUGAUACAAACAUUGUUUUUUUAUCUUUGCCUGAAACUUCGACUGAACAUGCCUCACAUGCCAGCUUUGCCUCUGUGGUCCAAAAGCUUCCCGAGAUCAGUGCAGUCCUUGUGACAGGAGCAGCACCCGCAUAUCUUCAGACUGUGAUUGAUAUGUUUGGUGAAACAAAUCUGAAAUAUGUUUUGGUGGUCCAUUUCUGCUGGGGAGCAGACCACCAGCAUCCAUUCUGGAUCGAAACAUAUGAACCCAGUGAUAUUACAUUUUGCAGUAACAUGGAUGCCCUUCUAGAAGAAUUCACCAGCAAGAUAGCACACAAUGACUCUUGCUUGGUGUUACCCAAAGAGUCUUUCCAAAGAGACACCGGAUUUCAGCAACCUCCAGGUAAUCCUCAAGCGGCAGAUGAAAUUGCUGUAUCAUCUGGAGAAAUGACCUCAUCAUCUGGGGAACCUGCCACAGUAACUGGAGAAAUGAAUUCAUCAACUGGGGGAGAAACAGUCUCAUCAUCUGAGGAACCUGCCACAGCAACUGGAGAAAUGAAUUCAUCAACUGGGGGAGAAACAGUCUCAUCAUCUGAGGAACCUGCCACAGCAACUGGAGAAAUGACAACAUCAACUGAGGGAGAAACAGUCUCAUCAUCUGAGGAACCUGCCACAGCAACUGGAGAAAUGAAUUCAUCAACUGGGGGAGAAACAGUCUCAUCAUCUGAGGAACCUGCCACAGCAACUGGAGAAACGGCCACAUCAGCUCCGGAAACAACCACAUCAGCUAGAGGAAUCGCCAAAAAAGCUGGAAUAGCCUCUUUAUUUGGAGGAGCAGCAGCCUUAGUUGGAGGAAUAGGCACAUUACUUGGGGCCAAGUUAGCUGGAGCAAUUACCACAUCAGUUGGAGGGUCAGCAACACCAGCUGGAGGAACAACAACAGCAUCUGGAGGAACAUCCACGUCAGUUGGAAGAACAGCAACAGCAUCUGGAGGAACAUCCACGUCAAUUGGAGGAACAGCAGCAGCACCAGCUGGAGAAACAGCCAUUUCAACUGGAGAAAUGGCUGCAUCAGGAAGGGGAACUGUUGCUUUAGUUGGAAGAAUGGUUGCAAUGGGAUUAUCAGGAUUUGGGGUAGGAACUGGUAUAACAGUUGCAGGGCUUGUUUUCUACUUGAGAUAUGUAUUUGAGAAAGUAAAAGAAUUACUUAAUAUUCUCACACCACCAGUUCUGAUCUUUGCUCUAGCAAUAGUGGUUUUAGUUAUAGGGAUGAUUUUUUUUCUCCAUUGUCAGGCUGUAAAAUAACUGGAGCAGGUGUA